AUGUCGUCUCCAAUCUCUCGAAGGCACUCGGGCUCGCUCGUCCCGACCGAAUGGCACGACCCGGCGCUCGUUAAGCUCAUGCGUUCGCCCUUAACCAACUCGAUGGUUGCCUACGUCGCGCAAAAGACGGUAGAGUCGGUGCAGUGCCGUCCUCCGCCUUCGCCACUUCCGACUCCUCCUCUUACGCCCGGUUCUUCCUCUCCUCCCUCACCGUCACCCUCCGACGCCCUCCCCUCCCUCACUCACUUCAUCUCCACAAUCGUCAAGAAAUCCCGCUGCCACGUCCCGACUCUGCUCUGCACGCUCGUCUACCUCGAACGACUGAAGGAGCGGCUGCCGAGCCAUGCGCGCGGAUGUCACACGACGAGGCAUAGGGUGUUCUUGGCGGUCUUGAUUGUCGCGGCUAAGUACCUCAAUGAUUCGUCGCCGCAGAACAAGCACUGGGUCCGCUACGCCGCCUACUUCACCCCCGCCGAAGUCAACCUCAUGGAACGCCAGCUUCUCACGAUCCUCAACUUUGACUUGAGCUUCACGGAGGACGAGUUGCGCGCGCGACUUGCGCCGCUUCUUCCCCAACUUCACCCGGAGAAGGUUCGCCAGGAGGUGGCCGAGGCGCGCAGGCCGUACCAGCCGCUCGACUACGUCGACGUCGACGCCGAGGCUUGCGUCGAGGUCCCAGUUCGCGCGGUGGGCACCAUCGCGUCGCAAGGUCGCAGGACGACCGAGCCGACGCUCCCGAGCGUUCACGGCGGCAAGCGGAUCACGCCCGAGUACGCAGAGCGGAGGGCUUCGUCGCCCGGCCCUUCGACUUCGAUGAGCAGGUCUCUCGCGCCUCAGCACCUCUCGACACUCCCGCGCCCGCCUCUCCGCUCCAAGGUGUCGAACAUCUCGAUGGCUCUGUCGCGCGGCUCCAUUUCACGCAGGAACUCGUCGUACAUGAGCGACGGCGGGCUUUCGCCCCGGAGCAGCAGUGACGAUAUCCGCUCGUCGUACUACUCCUCGUCUUCCUCCGCCUCUUCAUCGGCGUACCCUUCGCCGAGGAGUCGCCUUUCGCGCUUGUCGAGCAACUCGUCGAUGUCGACUCUCUCGUCUACGUCGUCAGGCCCGCAGACGCCCUACACGCCUUACAACGACCAGUCGGCACACGCCGUCCCGCCCGUCCCAUCCGUCCCCCUCUCACUCGCCGACUACACCCUCGCGCCCGCACCCGCACCGGGGCCCAAAGCCGCCUCACUCGCCUACCCUCCCGCUCCGCCCGCUGCCUUCAAGCCCCAAUCGCUCUCCAUCUCCCCGCUCGAGUCGUACAACCCCCCUACACCCGGCUUGAUGUACGCCAUGUCGCACGACCCGGACCUUUGGCCGUUGAUGUCGGCCUCGGCUGUGAGCGUCAAGGCCGCGAGGGGGGCGGUGCGUGUUGUCGCGUAG